CUGCGUCCGACGCGGGCCGGCCCGCUCGCCCCGCUCUCGGGGCUUCCGCCCGCCCGGGGGGCUCGGCGGCCCGGCCGAGCGCGGCCGUCCCCUCCCCGCGCGGGCCAUUGUGAGGUCAGGGCCGGCGGGCGCAUCGGGGGUCCGGGCGAGACCCCCGGAGCGGCCGCUGCGGCCAGUAGCUGCCGCGCCACCGCCGGCCCCUUCACCGGCCGCCCGGUUCAGACCUAGCCGGCAGGGGUGAGGGGAUGCAGCUAGGGGCCCAGCUCCGGUGCCGCACCCCGUAAAGGGCUGACUUUCCACCUCGCCACCUCACCCACGGGAAACCAAGACCAAACCAGCUUAGACCUCUUCUGGUGCUUGUAAAACCGAACACAACAAAAGUAUGGAUAUGGGAAACCAACAUCCUGCUAUCAGUAGGCUUCAGGAAAUCCAAAAGGAAGUAAAAAGCAUAGAACAGCAAGUAAUUGGCUUCAGUGGUCUGUCAGAUGACAAGAAUUACAAGAAACUGGAGAGGUUUCUAACGAAACAACUUUUCGAAAUAGAUUCUGUAGAUACUGAAGGAAAAGGAGAUAUUCAGCAAGCGAGGAAGAGGGCGGCCCAAGAGACAGAGCGUCUUCUCAAGGAGCUGGAGCAGAACGCAAACCACCCCCACCGGAUCGAAAUAGAGAACAUCUUUAAAGAAGCCCAGUCCCUGGUGAAGGAGAAGAUUGUGCCCUUUUACAGUGGGGGCAACCGUGUGGCUGACGAAUUUGAAGAAGGCAUCCAGGAUAUCAUCCUGAGGCUGACACACGUCAAAACCGGAGGGAAGAUCUCCUUGCGGAAAGCGAGGUAUCACACCUUAACCAAAAUCUGCGCGGUGCAGGAGAUCAUCGAAGACUGCGUGAAGAAGCAGCCUUCUCUGCCGCUCUCCGAGGACGCCCAUCCUUCCGUCGCCAGAAUCAACUCGGUGAUGUGUGAGGUGAACAAGGCCAGGGGCACCCUGAUCGCGCUGCUCAUGGGCGUGAACAGUACCGAGACCUGCAGGCACCUCUCCUGUGUGCUCUCGGGCCUGAUCGCCGACCUGGACGCGCUGGACGUGUGCGGGCGGACGGAGAUCAGGAACUACCGGCGCGAGGUGGUGGAAGAUAUCAACAAAUUACUGAAAUAUUUGGAUUUGGAAGAGGAAGCAGAUACUACUCACGCGUUCGACCUGGGACAGAAUCAUUCCAUUUUAAAAAUAGAAAAGGUCCUCAAGAGAAUGAGAGAAAUAAAAAAUGAACUUCUUCAAGCACAGAAUCCUCCUGAGUUGUACCUGAGCUCGAAGAUGGAAUUGCAGGGUCUGAUAGGGCAGUUGGAUGAGGUCAGUCUCGAGAAAAACCCUUGCAUCCGGGAGGCUCGGAGGAGGGCGGUCAUUGAGGUGCAAACCCUGAUAACCUACAUUGACCUGAAGGAGGCCCUGGAGAAGAGGAAGACACUGGCUUGUGAGGAGCACCCGUCCCAUAAAGCGGUCUGGGACAUCCUGGGCAACUUGUCCGAGAUCCAGGGCGAAGUUCUCUCGUUUGAUGGGAACCGAACGGAUAAGAACUACAUCCGGCUGGAAGAGCUGCUCACGAAGCAGCUGCUGGCCCUGGACGCCGUGGACCCGCAAGGAGAAGAGAAGUGUAAGGCCGCCAGGAAGCAGGCGGUGAAGCUCGCCCAGAACAUCCUCAGCUAUCUGGACCUGAAGUCCGACGAGUGGGAGUACUAGACGCUGCCCGUCUCGCGGAGGGUACUUCCUGUUUUGCACUUUAUGUAUACUUCUGCGUGUUUAUGGGGAGCUGUCCGUUCGUGGAGCCUAGAUUUGAUUUAUACAUGCAGAUUUCAGUCUCCGUUUUUAUGAUUUAAACAAAUUAUAUUCAGUAUCUGCUGCUUUUGAUGUUGCGAAACAAAUGUCAUUACAGCACAUUAACUUUUCCAUUUGGAUCGUUA